UCUAAAUUUAAGAAUAACUACGUUUGGAACAACUUCAUAAAGAAUUAAAAAAAAACAAUAAUGCAAAAGAAGCGUCUGCCCGGAACCAAUGUAUUAGAUAAAUUACAUCGUGGAGCUGUUUACACAUGUUUAGCAGUAACACUUUAUGGUACUAUAAUGUUGGGUUUAAGAGGCUGGCGUUAUUAUUCAGUAACUAGACCAGAACGACAGAAAGCCGACUUACAAAUGAUCGAGGAGGGAUCCCAUGAUAAGGCUGAAGAGUUGAAAUAUUAGUUACAAUUAAGUGUAUGACAAGCGUUAAAGAAAACAAGAAAAUGUAAAAAUUAAUUGAAAUUACAGCUAAUAGCUAAAAGCAAUAGAAACGACAAUUCUGGCUCAUUGUUAUUUUUUUAGUAAAACUUGUAUUACGAAAUAUUAAA